ACCGUGGACGGAGCUGCCGGCCCUCCCGCACACUCCUGUGAGAACGAACGCCCCACGAUGUCUCUGGUGGCGCUACCCUUCUACCAGAAGAGACACAAGCACUUCGACCAGUCGUACCGCAGCAUUCAGACGCGAUACCUCCUGAAUGAGUACGCCUCCAGGAAGCGUGCGUCCUCACAGACGUCUGCACAGAGCUCCCUCCAGCAGCGGUCAUCGGCACAGAGCACGUCCAGCCGGUCCUCUGUCCGGGGGACCACCUGCCAGCUCUGUGCGAAGCGGGCGAGCGCGUCCGAAGAGGAGGAACGGGAGCAUGAGCACAGGUACCACUCCCAGGCCGCUGCGUACGGUGAGGCCAAGAGGCAGCGCUUCCUGGGAGAGCUGGCGCAGCUGGGGGAGAGCGUGCAGCUGGCCCGCUCUCAGGCCCGCACCACGCUGGAUCAGUACUCUUUGCAGCACUCGGUAGGGGACAGGCUGGAGUGGGAGAGACACGCCUUCGAGGAGCGGAUGAGCAGGGCCCCGGAGAUCCUGGUGCGGCUGCGCUCCCACACCGUCUGGGAGAAGAUGUCUGUGAGGCUCUGCUUCACCGUGCAAGGCUUCCCCACGCCCGUGGUGCAGUGGUACAAAGACGGAAGUUUGAUCUGCCAGGCGGGAGAGCCAGGCAAGUACAGGAUCGAGAGCAACUACGGGGUGCACACACUGGAGAUCAACAGGGCGGACUUUGAUGACACGGCCACCUACUCAGCGGUGGCCACCAAUGCCCACGGCCAGGUGUCAACCAACGCUGCAGUGGUGGUGAGAAGAUUCCGAGGGGACGAGGAGCCAUUCCACUCCGUGGGACUCCCGAUCGGACUGCCCCUGUCGACGGUGAUUCCAUACACACACUUUGAUGUGCAGUUCUUGGAGAAAUUUGGGGUCACCUUCAGAAGAGAAGGGGAGACUGUCACACUCAAGUGCACACUGCUGGUGACACCAGACCUAAAGAGGGUGCAUCCACGGGCCGAGUGGUACCACGAUGACGUCCUUGUGGAAGAGUCCAAGUGGGCCAGCAUGUUCUUCGGGGAGGGCCAGGCCUCGCUGUGCUUCAGCCACCUGCACAAGGAUGACGAGGGGCUGUACACGCUGAGAAUCGUGUCCCGGGGCGGCGUCAGCGACCACAGUGCCUUCCUGUUUGUGAGAGAUGCCGACCCGCCAGUCACCGGGGCCCCCGGAGCCCCCAUGGACCUAAAGUGCCACGACGCGAACCGUGACUAUGUCAUCGUCACUUGGAAGCCGCCCAACACGACUACCGAGAGCCCGGUCAUCGGCUACUUCAUCGACCGGUGUGAAGUGGGCACGAGUAACUGGGUUCAGUGUAAUGAUGCCCCGGUGAAGAUCUGCAAGUACCCUGUCACGGGGCUUUUUGAGGGAAGGUCUUACGUGUUCCGGGUGAGGGCGGUCAACAGCGCAGGCGUCAGCCGGCCCUCCAGAGUCUCCGAGGCGGUGGCUGCCCUCGACCCCGCUGACCUCAAAAGGUUACAAGCUAUUCAUCUGGAGGGAGAAAAAGAGAUCGUGAUCCACCAGGAUGACCUUGAAGGUGACGUGCAGAUUCCUGGCCCUCCCACAAAUGUGCAAGCCUCAGAGGUCAGCAGGAACUACGUCGUCCUCAGCUGGGAGCCCCCGAGCCCCCGCGGGAAGGAUCCCUUAAUGUACUUCAUUGAGAAGUCCGCAGUGGGCAGCGGCAGCUGGCAGCGCGUCAACGCCCAGACGGCCGUGAGGUCUCCUCGGUACGCCGUCUUCGACCUCGCCGAGGGGAAACCCUAUGUGUUCCGGGUUUUGUCAGCGAACAAGCAUGGCCUCAGCGACCCGUCGGAGAUCACAGCCCCCAUCCAGGUGCAGGAUUCCAUCGCCGUCCCUUCCUCCCCUGGCCGUGUGCUUGCUUCCCGGAACACCAAGACGUCGGUGGUGGUGCAGUGGGACAGACCCAAGCACGAAGAGGACCUGCUGGGCUACUACGUGGACUGCUGUGUGGCCGGGACCAACCAGUGGGAGCCCUGCAACCACAAGCCCAUUGGCUACAACAGGUUUGUGGUACACGGGCUGAGCACUGGCGAGCAGUACAUCUUCCGGGUCAAGGCCGUCAACGCUGUGGGGGCCAGCGAGAACUCGCAGGAGUCGGAGGUCAUCAAGGUCCAGGCUGCCCUCACCGCUCCGUCUCACCCGUACGGGAUCACGCUGCUGAACUGUGACGGCCUGUCCAUGACGCUCGGCUGGAAGGUGCCCAGGUUCAGUGGCGGCUCAGCCAUCCUGGGGUAUUACCUGGACAAGCGGGAGGCUCUGCAUAAGAACUGGCACGAGGUCAACCCUUCGCCCGUCCAGGACAGGAUCUUCACGGUGGAGGGCUUGACGGAAGGCUUGCUCUACGAGUUCAAAAUCACUGCCUUCAACCUGGCUGGGAUGGGUCAGCCAUCGGACCCCAGCGAGCACUUCAAGUGUGAGGCCUGGACAGCGCCAGAGCCCGGUCCCGCCUACGACCUGACGUUCUGCGAGGUCCGGAACACCUCGCUGGUCAUGCUGUGGAAGGCCCCGGUGUACGCCGGCAGCAGCCCGGUCUCGGGGUACCUCGUGGACUUCAAGGAAGAGGAUGCCGGCGAAUGGAAGACCGUGACUGAGGCGGCAACUCCAAAUCGCUAUCUGAAGGUGUGUGACCUGCAGCAGGGCCAGACCUAUGUCUUCAGAGUCCGCGCGGUGAACGCCAGCGGGCCCGGGAAGCCCUCAGACACCUCGGAGCCAGUGUUCGUGGAGGCCCGGCCAGGCACCAAGGAGGUCAGCGCCGGUGUGGACGAGCAGGGUGACAUCUACCUGGAGUUUGACUGCCAGGAAAUGACCGAUGCUUCCCUGUUCACGUGGUGCAAGUCCUACGAAGAGAUCGCCGACGAGGACAGGUUCAGGGUCCACACAGAGGGCGAUCGCUCACGUCUGUACUUUAUGGCUCCAGAUAAAGUGGACAUAGGGACAUACUCUGUGUCCGUAAGUGACACGGACGGUGUGUCCUCCAGCUUUGUUUUGGACGAAGAAGAGCUGGAGCGUUUGCUGGCACUGAGCAACGAGAUAAAGAACCCCACUCUCCCUCUGAAGUCGGACUUAGCCUAUGAGAUUUUGGAAAAGGGCCAGGUUCGCUUCUGGCUCCAGGCUGAGCCGCUGUCUGCCGAGGCCAGCUUCCGCUUCGUGGUGAAUGACAGGGAGGUCUCGGACAGCGAGACACACAGAAUUAAAUGUGACAAGCCAACCGGACUUAUUGAGAUGGUGAUGGACCGAUUUACCAUUGAAAAUGAAGGCACCUACACCGUGCAGAUUCAAGACGGGAAAGCCAAAAACCAGUCUUCUCUGGUCCUUAUUGGAGAUGCAUUCAAGGCUGUCCUAGAAGAGGCUGAAUUUCAGAGGAAAGAAUUUCUCAGGAAGCAAGGCCCUCACUUCGCUGAGUAUUUGCAUUGGGAUGUCACCGACGAGUGUGAAGUCCGCCUCCUCUGUAAGGUCGCCAAUACCAAGAAAGAGACGGUGUUCAAGUGGCUCAAGGACGAUGUUCUGUAUGAGACGGAGACGCUGCCGGACCUGGAGAGAGGCGUCUGUGAGCUGCUCAUACCCAAGCUGUCCAAGAAGGACCAUGGUGAAUACAAGGCAACCUUGAAAGAUGACAGAGGUCAAGACGUGUCCGUCCUUGAAAUAGCAGGCCAAGUGUACGAGGACAUGAUCUUGGCGAUGAGUCGAGUCUGUGGAGCGUCCGCCUCUCCACUGAAGGUUCUGUGCACCCCAGAGGGAAUCAGACUCCAGUGUUUCAUGAAGUACUUCACAGAAGAAAUGAAAAUCAACUGGUAUCACAAAGAUGCCAAGAUCUCCUCGAGCGAGCACAUGCGUGUCGGCGGGAGUGAGGAGAUGGCGUGGCUGCAGAUCUGCGAGCCCUCGGAGAAGGACAAGGGGAAGUACACCUUCGAGAUUUUCGAUGGCAAGGACAACCACCAGCGUUCCCUCGACCUGUCUGGGCAGGCCUUUGAUGAAGCAUUUGCGGAGUUCCAGCAACUCAAGGCCGCCGCGUUUGCCGAGAAGAACCGGGGCAAGGUGAUCGGCGGCUUACCUGACGUGGUGACCAUAAUGGAGGGCAAGACCUUGAACCUGACCUGCACAGUGUUUGGAAACCCCGACCCGGAAGUGGUUUGGUUCAAGAAUGACAAGGACAUCGAGCUGAGCGAGCACUUCGCGGUGAAGGUGGAGCAGUCCAAGUAUGUCAGCCUCACCAUCAGCGGGGUCACCGCUGAGGACUCGGGCAAGUACAGCAUCAACGUCAAGAACAAGUAUGGAGGGGAGAAGAUUGAUGUCACCGUCAGCGUGUACAAGCACGGGGAGAAGAUUCCAGAGCUCUCUGCACCCCAGCAGGCCAAGCCAAAGCUCAUCCCCGCGUCCACCUCUGCGGAAUGAGGGU